GGUUAAAUGAUCAGAAUAGUGGUUUGUUUGAUCUUUUAACUGCGAAUUUUGUGAUUCAGUGGAGUCUGUCUGAUGAUUGUAGUAAAUGUUACUAUCAAGGAGGUCGAUGUUUAACCGACAGCAGCAAUAGAUUUCAUUGCUCCAGAGUAACAAGAAAGUCGAGACGAGUUCUAAUUGUAGUCUUACCUGUGGUGAUUGGCUUGACCUUUUUAAUCUGUCUCGGUAUUGUUAUCUGGCGUUUCAAGAAAGGAAAAGGCGGUCAUUCUCACUCUUUUGCAAGAAAUACAUUUUCUGAUCCUUCAAGAAAAGACCAUGAAGGGGAUAGCAAGUACUUUGGGGUCCCCGUCUUCUCCUACUCUACUCUCGAAGAAGCCACCAGUAACUUUGAUCCCUCCCAAGAGCUUGGAGACGGAGGUUUUGGAACUGUAUACUAUGGUAAGCUUCGUGAUGGACGAGAAGUUGCAGUUAAACGCUUAUAUGAGCAAAGUUCCAAGAGGAUGGUGCAAUUUAAGAAUGAGAUUGAAAUACUUACUCGUUUAAGGCAUCAGAAUCUUGUUAUGCUCUAUGGUUGCACGUCAAGGCAUAGUCGUGAACUCCUCCUGGUUUAUGAGUACAUCCCGAAUGGAACAGUUGCUGAUCAUCUCCAUGGCGAGAAAGCAAAGAACGGAGCCCUUAUAUGGCCUAUACGCAUGAAGAUUGCCAUAGAAACUGCUAGUGCUUUAGCUUAUCUCCAUGCUUCUGACAUAAUACACCGCGAUGUCAAGACUUGUAACAUUCUACUUGACAACAAUUUCUGUGUCAAAGUUGCAGAUUUUGGGCUUUCGCGGCUUUUUCCAAAUGAUGUGACUCAUAUCUCAACGGCUCCACAGGGGACGCCAGGAUAUGUUGAUCCGGAUUAUCAUGCUUGCUAUCAGCUAACAAGUAAAAGUGAUGUGUAUAGCUUUGGAGUUGUCCUUAUUGAGCUCAUAUCGUCGCUCCUUGCUGUGGAUAUAAGAAGGGAUAGGGAUGAAAUUAGUUUGGCUAACUUUGCAUUAAGCAAGAUUUUGAAAUGUGCAUUUGAGGAGUUGAUCGAUCCAUCUCUUGGUUACGAGUCCAAUGCUGAAGUUAGGAGAAUGACUACUUCAGUUGCAGAGCUAGCUUUUCAAUGUCUUCAACUCGAGAAGGAAAUGAGACCAACAAUGGAUGAAGUGUUGGAGAUUCUAAAGGCAAUUCAGAAUGGUGAGUUUGAAAACCAGAAGAAAGAAGAGAUUAACGUCGUUGAUAAUGUAGAAGUCCCACAGGACCCUGAAUCAGAAAAUGAUGAUGCACAAUUGAUGAAAUCUAAAUUACCUGUUUCGAUGAAUUCUGUGAAUGAUAAGUGGUUUAGUUGCUCUACCACAGUUAGUAUUAGCGGGUGAAAUUUCUUCGAUAUUAAUGCUUCACUCUCUUCUCAUUCUUUUUCGCUCUCUGAUUGUUUAUGAGUUCACUACCUAAUUGUAUCCA